AUGGCAUCUCCAAGAGCCAGUCCUGCAUCGCAGGCUGCCAACAAGGUCUUCACCAGGGUCGAUCUUGACGGCCAUGCUCUCCCACCUUCUCCAGCCCCUUCCAGCCCGUACCCCGACAGACGGCGAUAUGCGCUGGCGACCGAGUUAGUCUACACCGAGUCCAAGGACCAGUAUGGUGCUUCGAGCAUACCCAUCUACCAAUCGGCCACCUUCAAACAGACGUCGGCCAACGGCGGCAACGAGUAUGACUACACCCGGUCUGGCAACCCGACCCGGACACAUCUCGAACGCCACCUGGCCAAGAUCAUGAACGCCACGCGCGUGCUGGCCGUGGGCUCAGGCAUGGGCGCCCUAGAUGUCAUCACGCGCCUGCUGAAGCCGGGGGACGAGGUCAUUACUGGCGACGAUCUGUAUGGCGGCACAAACCGGCUGCUUACGUACCUCAAGAACAAUCAGGGGGUGAUUGUGCACCACGUCGACACCACCAAUGCCGACUGUGUCAAAGACGUGAUUUCGAGCAAAACCGCCAUGGUCCUGCUCGAGACGCCAACUAAUCCGCUGAUUAAGAUCGUCGACAUCCCGACCAUUGCGAGAGCAGCCCACGAGGUCAAUCCAAAGGCGCUAGUCGUUGUGGACAACACCAUGCUUUCGCCUAUGCUGUCGAACCCGCUCGAUCUCGGCGCAGACAUCGUGUACGAGUCUGGCACAAAGUACCUUUCCGGCCAUCAUGAUAUCAUGGCAGGCGUCAUCGCGUGCAAUGACCCAGAGUUGGGCGACAAGAUGUACUUUACCAUCAACGCGACGGGCUGCGGGCUCUCGCCCAACGACUCCUUCCUACUUAUGAGAGGCGUCAAGACGCUGGCAAUUCGAAUGGAGAAGCAGCAAGCCAAUGCCCAACAAAUUGCCGAAUUUCUAGAGUCGCACGGCUUCCGGGUUCGCUACCCAGGCCUCAAAUCCCACCCGCAAUACGACCUCCAUUGGUCCAUGGCGCGGGGUGCUGGCGCUGUACUCUCAUUUGAGACGGGUGACGUUGCUCUGUCUGAGAGGAUCGUUGAAGCUGCUAGACUAUGGGGGAUCAGCGUCAGCUUCGGCUGCGUCAAUAGUCUCAUCAGCAUGCCAUGCCGCAUGAGCCAUGCGAGUAUCGACGCCAAGACGAGGAAAGAGAGACAGAUGCCCGAGGAUAUCAUCCGCCUUUGCGUUGGCAUUGAGGAUGUGAAUGAUUUAAUAGAAGACCUCUCUCGCGCUCUUGUCCAAGCAGGUGCAGUGACACUGACGCUUGAUGGCUUCCAUGCGAAUCAUGUGGAUGCAGACGGUGUUACACCGUCGGCCUAA